AUGAUAAUUGAUCAAGGUGACAAAGAAGUUCAAAACACAUCAUUGAACAAAUAUGCUUUGGCUUGUGCCCUUGUUGCUUCAAUGGUUUCCAUUGUCUCUGGCUAUGAUACCGGUGUUAUGAGUGGAGCAAUGAUUUUCAUAAAAGAGGAUUUGGGAAUCAGUGACACACAACAAGAAAUUCUAGCAGGAAUCUUAAAUGUAUGUGCAUUAGUUGGAUCCUUAACAGCUGGAAGAACUUCUGAUGUCAUUGGUCGUCGAUACACAAUCUUCUUAGCCUCUAUACUCUUCAUCAUUGGUGCAAUUCUAAUGGGUUACGGUCCAAACUACGCUGUUAUAAUCUUAUUGAUGUUGGCUUCUUUGUAUCAGUUGGUCGAAGACAAAUUAAAGCUAUCAAAAUAUUUAUCUUGGACAUUUUGUUCUUGUGCACAUGGAAAAAGGAAACCAGAUACUGAAUUUUAUAUAGACGCUCUGAAGCAUCUUAAAGUUGAUCCAGCAUAUUGUAUUUUCAUAGAUGACAGGCCAAAAAAUGUGGAGGCAGCAACUGAAGUUGGGAUCAAGGGUGUACAUUUCAAGAAUGUUGAUUUACUUUGCCAAGAACUGUCAUUGAUGGGGAUUGACAUUUAA